AGAGAGAGAGAGAGAGAGAGAGAGAGAAGAGAGACAGAGAGAGAGAAAAAAAGAGAGACAGAGAGAGAGAAAGGAGACAGAGAGAGAGAGAAGAGAAAAGAGAGACAGAGAGAGAGAGAGAGAAAGAGAGACAGAGAGAGAGAGAGAGAAAGAGAGACAGAGAGAGAGAGAAAGAGAGAC